AUGACGAAAAUGACGACCAAAAUACAAUGUCUUGAAGAGAAGAUUGAACAUUCAGUACUACAAUACAAUCUACAACAAGAUAAGAUCUCUGGGUUAGAAUGCAAGAUGGAAUUUUUAGAAACUGAACUAUCAGAAUAUGAAUACAGAGCUCAACGUAAAAAUAUAAGAGAUAUCCCCGGAAAUAUUACUUCUGAACAUUUAGAGAAAUACAUGGAAGAACUGGUUAUAUUUAUGGGUUUUCAGUGGGACAAUAAGGUUAACUUCAUUGGAAGAAUUCACAGGAUACGUAAACCUAACCCCUCCCAGUUCAGGUAUCAAGAGACGUUAUGGCAUGUCUACACUCUUUCAAGUUUAAGCUCUCAACAAUCUCAGCUUUGA